AUGGCCACCACCGCCGCCGACGUACCUGACGACUUCAAAAAGUGGUGGGAGACAUUCAACAAUGGCGUCGCCGUCGACCAAGGGCAAGACGACGAUGAAGACGGGACGGACUCCGAUUCCGGUUUCGAGCAGGGGCAGCAGCAGGAGGAGGAGAAUGCGGGCGAGGAGACGGCGUCGGAGGCCCACGCGCCCGCCGGGAGGGAGGGCGCCGCCGGCGAUUGCGACGAGGAGGGGGUUUCUGAGGAUAGCCGUUUUCCGCGUGAAGGUGAGCUGCAGGGAAGGAACAUAGAAGGAGACGCCAAACUAAAUACACCACGGGCUUCUGAAGAUGAAGCCGAGCAUGUUUCUGAGGACAGCUAUGUUCAGAUUGGAGGCGGGCUGCAGGGAAUGAAGAGAACAGCAACCGCCGAACGAUACGAACCGCAGGCUACCGGAAAUGAGAUCCAGAACGAAGAAGGUCAAGACAAGUAUGUUUCUGUAGACAACUACGUUCAGAGGCUCGAACUGGAGUUGCAUUUCAAGACAGAGGAGAACAAGUCUUUGAAGAAGCAGAAUGAAGAGUUGAGAGCUGAAAAUGAGUACUACAGGAAGAUGCUAUAUGAGCUGUGGUUACUUAGAAAUGGAUUUGCUGCAGAACAUGAAGAUGUCUGCGCUGCACUUGAUUUGUUUAGUCUCUGA